GUCCGCAGUGUCAAUGGGGGCGGAGGCAGAGUCGGGUCUAGUUGGCUGGCCAAGUUCAAAGUGUCCCAGUCGCGUGUUUCCUCGCCAUCGCGCAGCUGACAUUUUUUAAAUUCCUCCAAUAAGAACAAGUUCAUCCUUCAAGACACCGGAGAAGCUUGUUUCACCAGCGGCGCGCGUCAAACUCCUCUCAUGUUUUCCAAAGCCACUGCCAACUUCGUCCGCCAUGUUGACCCGGAGGGGAGCCUCAAACACGUCUCCCGCAUCAAUGACGCUCAGAAGCUGGUUCCGAUGGCUCUGAUGGUCAAACGCAACCGCUUUUGGUUCUGGCAGAGAACCAAAUACCAUCCCACGGAUUUCCACCUGAAGGACGUGCUGCAGGGGGACGAGGAUCUGACCGCCUGUGUGCACCAGGGUGAGUUCCUGACCUACGAGGGCACCUUUGGGGACAAGCUCAAGGGCACACUAGAAGCCGAGGUGGGCUCUGUGGGUCUCGGCCUCCAGGGUCAAGGCACCUCCGAACUCCAAGCACAUUUCGGCAAGCUGAGGAAAGAGGAACUGGAUGUGAAGAAGUUGUUAGAGGACUCCAGUAACAGGCUGGUGGACAUGCAGCACAUGCUGGUGCAGCAGCUGGAGAAGAGAGCUGAAGUUCUGGCCGUGGUCAAGCAGACAAUCUUCACCACCGACGCCUGCGCUGUCAAGCAGACCAAAAAGGAGAGUUGCGCCAUGCGCGGCAUGGUGGGACUGAUGGGGGCGCUAGGGGGCUCCGUCAAGUUUUGUGUCAAGGACAUCAACGAGAUCGAAGUGGACAGUGAUGUCGUCCUGGAGAUCCCCUCUGCUACAGUCAUCGCCUACAGCGUCCUGGAACUGGACAUUAAAAAGGACGGGACCUUUGAGAUAUGCCUCCAGCCCGGGAAGAUCGGGGGCUUUGAGGCCGAUAUGGUCAAGCCGUGGUCCUCCACUGACUCCCUGGAAGUGGACGGGAGGUGCGUGGGCCAGGACAUGCCGGAAGAAGCAGUCCAGCAAAACGGUUCUGACGUGGAAGAUCUUUCCGCACUGGCCGAGCUCCCCCAAUCCGCACGGCGUGCCUUGUUCUCCAAACUGCAGGACAUUUUGAGGGACGGCGCAUCUCUGUCCCCUCUGCAGCUUGUGCUGGAGGAAGUGUGCUUUGGUGAUCAAGCCGACGCGAUGCAGCUGGAGGAGCUCUGCCACGGCCAAACCAACUUGCUGUCGGACAUUCUGGAUCUUGAAGGCCACUCCGCUGCUCCUCUGAACGCAGCUCAUCUGUUGGUCAGUGCCCUGGAAGAGUUGCCCGAUGAAAGUCGGAGCCUCAUGGUCGACAGUCAGCAUGGAUUCUUCGAGGCCUUCAGUAGCUUGGUGUCCAUGCUGAGGCAGAGCAGCCUGCCGCUCCCCAUCCAGUCCCUUCCCAGUCUGCUGCAGAAAAAGCAAACUUUCCAGCACGCGGAGAGGCUGCUCAGCUCCACCGGUGUGAUACUGAGGAAGGACGGUGAUUCCCUGUGUGUGGAGACGGGAGACAAAACUGAAGUGGACCUUUUGGUCCUCGGCCUGAGCGCCCAUGGACUGGCUCUGCUGAGCAGCGAGCAAAAAUAGGCUUUUCCAGCUCACUCUUUUUCUUCCUUUAUUGCAGGGGUCGGCAACCCGCGGCUCCGGAGCCGCAUGCGGCUCUUUGAUCACUCUGAUGCGGCUCAGCAGCUUACUUGCUGAACCCCCCAGUUUUCCCGUGAGACUUCCGGAUUUUAGUGCCUCUCGCUGAAAACUCCCGGGAUUAAUAUUCACCGAUUUACACCCUUACGGCUAUAAUAAGGGCGUACCAUGAUGGUACGACAUUUGGCGCCCUCUACAAUCUGUAUUAACAGCGUGCCAGCCCAACACUUGUUAUACAUUAUACAUCUUCUGCUUGCACACGUACGUGACAG